AUGUCCGUCAAUAAUUCCUCGGACGAGCUUACACGCUUACGCGUCGUCGUCGAUGCCACAUCGCUUCACCAGCUGACAAACACAUCAGUUACGUGGUGGCGACAGAUGAGUGCGCGUACCUGGUGCCUCUUCAGUGCGUCUUUCCUCGUGAAUGUUUUACCACAGCCACCAUUGCAUACGAACGGUUUUUCGCCGGUGUGCGUAUCGCGAUGCCGCUUCAGGUCGUGCUGUCUAUUGAAGGACAAUGCACACAUGUCGCAGGAGAAGGGUCGCUGA